AUGUCAACCGAACGCAUCUUCGUUACCGGACCCACUGGAAAAGUUGGAUCCCUUGUAGUUCGGGAACUCAUUAAACGAGACGUAUCCGUCACUGUCUAUGCUCGUUCUCCAGAAAAGGUGCAGAAAAACGCCCAUACGACCGUGGUUCAAGGCGAUUUCAACGACUUGACACCAUUUGAAAACGCCAUUUCCGGACACACCCGCUUGUUCUGCUCGUUGUGGGCACCGCCGACGACGCAAAAACCAAAACCGAGCUUGCACAAAAGGCAUAUGACGCCGGUGGUAGACCUUUCAGCAAUAGAGCUGCCUUGGCGAACCUAUGCUCUUACCAACGUACUUGAACAAGCAGAGGAAAAAAUCUUCAACUUGCCGAACCGCGGUAGCUAUGUUUCUCUGCGACCCACGAACUUUAUGACCGAUACUCUUUAUGUGGUGGAUUCGAUCAAAACCAAAGAUGCCAUUAUUGAUGCGGCUAGCCCGGAAGAACUGCAAGAAUGGAUCUCCCCACGAGACAUAGCUGAAGUCGGUGUCAAUGUUUUGCUCGAUCCGGUGGAAAAACACGGUGAUGCCGCGUAUGAGCUCAUUGGUGACCUUAUCACUCCGGUGCAGCGUGCAGCUAUUCUGACCGGUGCCGUGAGGCGAAAAAUCACUUACAAGCAAAUUCCUGUCCAAGAGCUGUAUGACUUCUACUUGAAAAUGUUUAAUUUUUAUGCUCUGGCGUACUACUUGGCGGCCUAUAAUCGCACCAACCCUGUGGUUCGCGGUCUGCCGAUACUGCUUGGCCGAGAACCCGAAUCGUACGAGGCGUGUGUUGCCAAUAACAAACAAGCCUUCCAAUAG